ACUCUAUAGAUUGUUUAACUUGAUUAAAUAAACAUUCGUGUUAAGUGAGUUAAAAAAAUUGAUGAUUGGACAUUUGGAAGUGUAGGGGAAGUGGAAGGCCGCCUGUGGAGCAUGGCCGCUGGAGUGGGCAUAUCGGGCAGCGGCAUUUGCGGCAUGUGUUGUCGGCCGAUCAACGAUCGAUUCCUCCUCAGGAUAAUGGACGUCUCCUACCACGAGCAUUGCGUCCAGUGCUGUGCGUGCGGGGAUCAUCUACUACAUACUUGCUUCGUGAGAGACUCAAAAUUGUAUUGUAGAUUGGAUUAUGAUAGACUCUUUGUGAAGAAAUGCCUUGGUUGCUCAGAACGAGUAUCACCCGAAGAAUUGGUUAUGCGAGCUAGCGAUAAUAUUUUCCACCUCAGAUGCUUUGUCUGUGUCGUUUGUGGCAUAAGACUUCAGAAAGGGGACCUCUAUGUCAUCAAACAAGGGCAGUUGUUUUGUAGGACUGAUUACGAGAAGGAAGUAGAGAUGAUGCAAGGAUUUGGAUAUGGUGAAUUUAUAUGUGACGAUCUUCUACAGUCAAGCAGAUCCCAAGAUGGCAGAAGAGGACCCAAAAGACCUAGAACUAUAUUAACUACUCAACAAAGAAGAGCCUUCAAAGCUUCAUUUGAAGUCAGUCCGAAACCUUGUAGAAAAGUCAGAGAAAAUUUAGCUAAAGACACUGGAUUAAGUGUUCGGAUAGUCCAGGUAUGGUUUCAAAAUCAACGCGCCAAAAUGAAGAAAAUGCAAAAGAAAGCCAAACUGGAUAACAAAGGGGGCAAGGACCUGGAAAAUGAUGAAAAGAAAGUCAGUGUCAAAGAAGAGGAACAAAGUCCCCGUUCAACACCGUUUUUUAACGAUAGCUGUAGCGAUAACGAGGGAACGACAGAUGAUGCUGUACUGCAAAAUGCCUCCAAUAAUCAUUUCCUUCGCAUUAAGGAGGAGUUGGAGAACGAGACUCCCUUUUUUAAAAACAGUAGUAGCAUACCGUUGCACGUUUUUACAGGUCUCGACAUCAACAAACGACGAGAAGACAGCUACUUGAGCCUCGCCUUUCCUGGUAACGUAGAAUCGGAUCGACAGACCAUAUUUAUGCAGCCUCCUGUAGCCCACCAAAACAUUCCUCACAAUGGGACACCAGGACUGAACCCUAUUGACAGGUUAUAUUCCAUGCAAAACUCAUAUUUUUGUGCAGAUGAACCUAUGGAACCUUAGAGAUUAGGUAAUAUGUUGGUAUUGUGUUGAUUAUAUAAAAGGGUGUUGACAUACCUACCUAUAUAUUAACAACUGUCGAUAAUAUUGUUGGAUAUAACAAAUACAAAAAAUAUUACAUUAAAACAAUUAUGUAACUUGAUGUCUUUUAAAUAGGUUAACACUGUUGAAGUUUUUUUUUUGUGAGAAUUGUCUUGAGCUCAUCAUCUGUGAUUCCAUGGGAUCUUUUUCUUUCUUGAAAUGCGGACACUGGAGCAGAAUAUGUUUGACAGUCAGUGGAUCGGAGGAGUUAGCUACUCCGUCACUAGCUUGCUGGGCUAUUCUAUUUUUAUUAAAACAUUGAAAAUUUUUUAAAUUUAUGUUAGUUUGUUUAAAGUGGGUUUCUUGAAGACAAAGAAUUACAGGAGAAAGUUCGCCGAUUAGUAGUUUCAACUGUUCAUAAUGGGUAUAAAACCCAUUUAUGUUCCAUUGCACUAUAAAUGAGUUAGUCAUGCGUUGAUUUUCCUUCAAUUACUGAUGAUUCGUCAGUUUCGUCAGCUGAAGAAGGGUUAGGGUUUAUUGUUUUCUCUAGUCGGGUGAUAUUAUUUCUUAACCUAGAAUUUUGUGUAUAACAAUAAACAAAGUUAAGGAUCUGAAUUCGUUCCUCUGGUUCGUUGGAAUAAUCUUUAGAAGUUAAUUCAGGGUUAUGAGAGUGUAACACGUUUUCCGUAAAAUCGCAUAUUUCGUUGAAAUGUAGCACAAAUGGAGGUGAUCGAUUUUCGAUUUUGUCUUUGAUGGAUUCUAAGGACUGAAUGAUAUCUUCACGGGAGAUUUUGGAAGAAGUUUUGGGUUUUUUCUUUGGUUUUGAUUGUUUAGGGUAUUAAAAAUGGGUGAAUCGGUUUUCGGAUUGUCUUCGUUUAUUUCUGGAGAUGAUAAGUUAUGUCUUUUUAGCUGGUUUGAGUUGACUACUUUAUUUGGGGUUAUUGAUGUUUCUGCGUGCCGUAGUAUUUUCGGUGUUAUCUACAGUUGAUAAUGUUGUUUUGGAAGAAGAAGACGAAGUGUGUGGAUUUUCUUGUGAAAUGUUUUUAAUGAGAUCGGUUUCCAUAGAUUGAUAUAUUUUAUCAUUUGGUUCGUGAGGAUUAAUUAAUGAUGAUGUGGUCUGGGUUGAGUCUAAGAGGGUAGUUGAAGGGGUAUCAUUAGGUUCAUGCGGUUUAUAUAAUGAUGGUGAGGUUUGAUUUGAACCUAUUAGGGUGGUUGAAGAGAUUUAGUUUGAAAUAUGAGUGCUUUCUGAUUCUUGGUGACCAAUGGUUUUACAAUUGAAACAGCUGAAUCCGUCUGUGGAAAGAAAUAGCCGGUAGGAAGUAUUGUCAUGAGUUAUUGUAAAUGAGUCAGGAAUGGACAUAUUUUUCAAGGGGGUAAUGAACGAUUGCCAUCUAAAGCUCAACCAUUGCCUUCUAUAUAAAGCUCAGAACAUGACUGUACUCAUUUUCAGGCAUACCUACUCGAAGAAAAGUCAUUUUGGAUACAGUGUGAAUACCAAGUUUUGUAAUUCUUGUUCAAUUAUUUUGUUCGGGAUUAAAGGGCAUGCACAAGAUAUUAGAAGUCUCUGGGCUGGAGAAAUUAGUCUUCUUACUUCGACUUGACAUCCAUUUAUUUCGAUAUAUUUAUAAGAAUGAAGAAGAGAAACAACAGUAUUUUUUUAAGAAAGGUAUAUACAUCCUGUUGUUAGCAAUUCUGGAGGCAAAACGUACCUGUUGUGAGUUUUUAUUGAUUCUCACCCCACCGUGGCAAAAGGGGUUUAAUUUUACCUUUUGCCUAAUUGGACAUACGUAAAUAUUUUUGGACCAUACGCAUGUCCCCAAAGUAAUUUAAUUGUCCUUCGAUUGUACAAAACAGUGAACUAUUAGGAGAACUGGUUCGAAUAAUUUAAUUUGGUCUGGUUUUAAAGGUGCUAAUUAAUACGAUAGAAAGGGUUGUGUAUUAGCGAUAAAUAAGGGUAUCCGGCGAACAAAACAUUUAUUAACAAAAAAAACAACGAAUUUAACAAAUAAGCGGCUUAACGAUAAAUGAUAUUCUUAAUAGCGAACGAGAGAGAGUAAGAGUCUUUUUAAUCUAUUAAUUAUUGCGGAGAGAGUAUUUUUACGGCGAAAAGAGACGCACAAGCGAACAAAGUGUUCAACUCUGAGAGCAGAAAGAGACUGCUGAAAU